AUGCAUCACGCGUCGCACAUAUUGAUGCAUUGCAUCGCAUUUUGGUGCUUGAUAAACGGCGGUCGAACAGCAAGACAUGCAGUCAGUCCAGAUAUACUUGCAAAUUUCGCUAAAAAUAUAGCUUCAGUGUUGUCGCCGGCGAUAUUGGGCGAUAUACAAUUCCGCACGAAUAGAUCAAUUUUGAAAUCCAGUCUGAACGUACCCACUAACUUAAACGAUGAAGACCUAGACUCACCUUCAAUCCUGGACAACAUAGUUGACAACACGUCAAACGCACCUACGUAUUACGGAGCCCAGUCUUACAACAAUCUUUACGAAAACUCUCCUGAAGAAUUCCAAGGAAAUCCCGAAGUGAACGAACCACUCGAAGGAUCUCUACGAGAUGAGCCGUACCUGCGUCAACAGCAACCGAACUUUUAUAGACCUUACGAUUUCUCAGCGAACAGCGAUAAUCUCGAAGUGACUGAAAAGCCUGAUAUCGAGCCAUCGCUCGGCAACAUCGAGGGGUCAGCCACCAAUCUGUAUUCAUCUUAUCACGACACCGGUUUUGAUAAAGCAGCUUUCGCUCAGGGGCCCUUCGGGCCUAAAUCCCUCGCAGGCUUUCAUGGAUUCGGGCACUACGGAGAUUUUCACGGACACCAUCAUCAUCAUCAUCAUCAUCAUCCAUAUGGAGAUGAACCAGCAGACUCGGGAGAGAACAACGGAACCGAUCAUCAAGGUUACGGUCGACCCUACGGCUUCGGCCCUCACGGCCAUCAUCCCUAUUCUUCGUUUCCUUACGGAAAUCACGGUCCUUUUUACGGGCCCUAUGGUCGAAAUAAUUCUUCGGAAAACGGGCGGAACAGACCUUACGGGCCUUACUACGAUGGUCCCGACUUCUACGGACCUCCUGGUUACGGUCACCACCAUGGCCAUGGCAAUGGUAAUAAUAAUAAUAAUAAUAAUAAUAAUAGUAACAGACAAACCGAAGAACCAGCCGAGAAUGGCGAUGAAAAUAAUUCGACAAGAAACGGCCACCCGCAUCAUUAUGGGCCUCCUUUGUUCAAGCCGCUCCUGGGAGCCUUUCAUCUUCACGGCCUACCAUCCCCCUUCAACUUGCUGCCCUACGACCAUUUCCACGGGGUCUUCAAGGGCGGCCCUGUGGUCGGGGUUGGCCACAUUGGUUAUCCUACAUAUGUCGGUCCUUAUCCGAUUGGCUUUCCAUUUCAUCAUUCUUAUGGGCCUUUCUUUUACGGUAAGAAGUAUUUGCCGCCGAAGGGCAAGCCCUCCGACUCUGGCGAAUCCGGCGAGUCUACGGAAGCACCAGCAGCAGCCGGAGAGCUUGCGGAAAAUGCGACUCCCGAACGGAUCACCGCAGGCAAUCAAGAAGUGAUAGCGCCGGCUUCUAGCUCGAAUCGAAGAUACAAGAUAUCGGGACAGAACGGCCGGAAACAGAUCAGUAUGGCUAAUUCGGCGAGCCGAAAGGCCUGA